UGGUUAUCCCUUGAAUAAUCUUAAUGCUAGAUAUAUAGAUAUUGGUGGGUGGCAACAAUUGAUCCAUGAGCUUACUGGUUGGGCACCCGGUCUGGAUUGUUUUAAUGGUGUUAGUAGGUUAGAAGUACAUAAAUUAAUUGAAUAUAUUAGAGGCUUAGAUGAUAUUACAGAUCAGACCCCAGAAAUUGAUGUGCAACAGCGGGUUAGGUUGUACUUGCUAUGGCUUUGUGGCGGCACGAUAUUUCCGGAUAAGUCCGGUGACUUACUUAAUUUAGAUUAUUUGCUUGACAUGCGUGACCUUAGAGCAAUGAAUGAACAAGCUUGGGGAGCGGCUGCAUUGUCAUAUUUGUAUACUUGUUUAUGCCGUGCUUCGUUGAGGAAAGCCAAGGAUGUGUGUGGAUUCAUUUCCUUAUUGCAGGUUUGGGCUUGGGAGCGCAUUAUACCGAUGCAGCCACCAUGCAGGGCUCUUCCACCACACACGGCUCUUGCACGAAGGUGGACUCAUCGUAAAUCCCACGAAAAUGAGGCACGUGAUGUUUUACCCAUAUGUAGGGAUGUAUUGGACAACCUAAUAGAUGGCCAGGUAUUUUAUCAUAAUUAUGGUUGUUAAUGGCGUUUUGAUAGA